AUGAAGUUAGGCUCAUCACAAACCAGCAUUCUACUAUCUUUUGUGUUCUUGAUUUUUGUAACUCUCUGUCAUUCAUGGCCUCUCUCAACAAGCAAUAGAUGGAUAGUUGAUGACAAGACAGGGAGUAGGUUGAAGUUGACCUGUGUCAACUGGCCUGGCCAUGUCCAUGUCAUGAUACCAGAAGGUCUUCAGAAGAAGCCAUUGAAUCAAAUUGCAGCUAACAUCACUUCAAUGGGUUUCAACUGUGUGCGUCUCACAUAUGCCAUUUAUAUGCUCACUAGGCCCGACGAAUAUGGCAACCUCACUGUGGCACAAUCUCUUGAGCAGUGGAAUCUCAAUAAUGCCACUCGAGACAUGAAAAUUUACAACCCUGAAAUGCUCGACCUCAAGCUCAUUGAUGCCCAGAAGGCUGUGGUUGAUGCACUUCACAAAGAGAAUAUCAUGGUGGUCCUUGACAACCAUGUCAGCCUCCCACAGUGGUGCUGCUCUUUCGACGACGGCAACGGCUUUUUCGGGGACAAGUAUUUCCAUCCCGAGGAAUGGGUUCAGGGCUUGACUACUGUUGCUCAGCAUUACAAGGGCCAUCCUGCUGUGAUUGGUAUGAGCAUGAGAAAUGAGAUACGAGGGCCGCGUGAGAACGAGGAAGAUUGGUACAAGCACAUGAAAGAGGGUGCGGAGGCGAUUCACGGGGCGAAUCCAGAUUUGUUGGUGUUAGUGUCAGGCUUGUCUUAUGACACCAAUCUGAGCUUUGUGAAGGAAAAGCCACUGGAUGUGGAUUUGGGUAACAAGUUGGUGUACGAGGCACAUUGGUACUCAUUUGGUGACUCAGACGAUGACUGGAAGAACCAACCUAAUGUAAUGUGUAACACAGUCACCGACAAGUUCCAAAACUUAUCUGGUGGCUUCAUCAUUAGCGGCGAAAAGCCCUACCCUCUGUUCUUGAGUGAGUUUGGGGCUGAUCAGGGUUUCCAAAACGAGAAAGAUAACAAGUAUAUCACCUGCUUGAUGGCCUAUGUAGCAGACAAGGAUCUAGAUUGGGCUUUGUGGACUUUGCAGGGUAGUUAUCUGGUAAGGGAAGGCCAGAUUGACACUGAUGAAACUUAUGGGAUGUUUGAUAGUGAUUGGCAAAAUCUUAGAAAUCCAGAUAUGCAAGUCAGGCUACAACUCAUCAAACAGACGAUCCAGGAUCCACAUUCAAAAGUUCCAGAGUACAACAUAUUAUAUCAUCCACUGAGCGGCCAAUGCAUUCAAGUUGGUGGAGGGGGUAAACUUUUUGUAAGCUAUUGCAAUUAUUCGACCCGUUGGAGUUACAUUGGAGAUGGUGGUGGUAACGGGAGUCCAAUCGGGCUGUUUGGUACUUCUUAUUGCCUGAAUGCUGUCGGCGAGGGGCUUCCGGUGAGGCUCUCGAACGAUUGUAAGAGUGAGAGGAGUCUGUGGAAGCCUGUCUCGGGGUCUAAUCUGCAUUUUGCUGCCAAAGAUGGAAGAGGAAAGACCCUGUGUUUGGAUUGGGACCCUGACUCAUCCUCAAACUCAACAGUUUACACCCAGCAGUGUCUUUGCAUGGAUGAUGAUCUUAAUGAUGUUCCAAACUGUGGUGACAAUCCACAAAAACAGUGGUUCAAGCUUGUCAAGUCUAAUAUGAAAUAG